UUUAACUCACUGAGUGCCUCAGGCGCCUUUUAAUCUAUGUUGUAAUGACAAAACCCCCUGUAAAUUCAACCUGCUAGGCUUGCUUUGUGGAAAAUUUUCCAUAGGAGGUCUGGUCUAACCCUUGGUUUCCCUAGGAAUCCCGAGAUGACACCAGGUGCUUAUCACAAGAUGGCGCCAGUGAGCUAUAGAAGAAGGAGUGCAGACUUGACCACUGAUCUUUUUUCCCCACCUCUUCCCCUCAAACCUCAUCUCCCCUGCUUCCAGCUUCCACUGAACAAGGCAGAAAACAGUUCAUGCUAUUAUUGCUGGGAAAGGGAAAGGUUAAUGAAGGAUGUUUCUUAAGACGACAACACUGGAAGGAAGCAGGCAUUUUAAAACAGAAACAGAGUUUGCCGAGUGUAGGGGUGGGGGCUGUCUCCUGCUGCUAGGUCCUUUUACUGGGUGGCUGCCCAGAAGGCCUCUGCCCUGGGGUUUCAUCUCCUUCCCCUCUCCUGGGGAGCCCACAGCCUAGGCGGGAGGUGGUUUAGGCCCCUGGCUGCUUUGCCAUAGGGCCAUCUGUGUUUGAUCAAUCCAGGCAGAAAGGAGGGGGUGGGGGAGGUAAAGAGACUGAAAGCAUUCCAGAGUAGUGAGAGAGAUCCAAGAUCCAGAAAGGGAGAAGGCACCGCCCCCACCCCGCCCCCGAAGCUAACCGGCUGGCUCGAGUGGAAAAGGCACAGGGCUGCACGCUCCUACUCCUUCUCCUGCUGCCAUGGGGCCCUCCACGCCUCUCCUCCUCUUGUUCCUUUUGUCCUGGCUGCGACCCCUUCAAGGGCAGCAGCACCACCUUGUGGAGUACAUGGAACGCCGACUGGCUGCCUUAGAGGAACGGCUGGCCCAGUGCCAGGACCAAAGUAGCCGGCAUGCCGCCGAGCUGCGGGACUUCAAGAACAAGAUGCUGCCUCUGCUGGAGGUGGCCGAGAAGGAGCGAGAGGCGCUCAGGACUGAGGCCGACACCAUCUUGGGGAGAGUGGACCGUCUAGAGCGGGAGGUUGACUAUCUGGAGACCCAGAACCCAGCACUACCCUGUGUGGAGGUUGACGAGAAAGGGACCGGAGGCCCUGGGAGCAAAGGCAAGGGCAGAAGAAACGAGAAGUACGAUAUGCUGACAGACUGUGGCUACACAAUCUCUCAGGUGAGAUCAAUGAAGAUCCUGAAGCGGUUCGGUGGCCCAGCGGGUCUCUGGACCAAGGAUCCAAUGGGGCCAGCAGAGAAGAUCUAUGUACUAGACGGGACGCAGAAUGACACAGCCUUUGUCUUCCCGAGGCUGCGGGACUUCACCCUUGCCAUGGCUGCCCGCAAGGCUUCCCGGGUCCGAGUGCCCUUCCCCUGGGUAGGCACGGGGCAGCUGGUCUACGGCGGCUUUCUUUAUUAUGCCCGGAGGCCUCCCGGAGGACCCGGAGGGGGAGGGGAGUUGGAGAACACUUUGCAGCUCAUCAAAUUCCACCUGGCAAACCGAACGGUGGUGGACAGCUCCGUAUUCCCGGCUGAGGGUCUGAUCCCCCCGUACGGGCUGACGGCAGACACGUACAUUGACCUGGCGGCCGAUGAGGAGGGCCUCUGGGCUGUCUAUGCCACUCGGGAAGAUGACAGGCACUUGUGCCUGGCCAAGUUAGACCCACAGACCCUGGACACGGAGCAGCAGUGGGACACCCCGUGCCCCAGGGAGAAUGCCGAGGCCGCCUUUGUCAUCUGCGGGACCCUAUACGUGGUCUAUAACACCCGCCCUGCCAGCCGGGCCCGCAUCCAGUGCUCCUUUGAUGCCAGCGGCACGCUGAGCCCCGAGAGGGCGGCGCUCCCUUAUUUCCCCCGCCGAUACGGGGCCCACGCCAGUCUCCGCUAUAACCCCCGGGAGCGCCAGCUCUACGCUUGGGACGACGGCUACCAGAUUGUCUAUAAGCUGGAGAUGAGAAAGAAAGAGGAGGAAGUCUGAGCACCUCGCUUUGGUGUUUGGAUCUCUCUCACCUCCGCACAGUUACAUCCCCACCACAUUUCCUGCUUCUCAUCCUCCAGAUGUGGGCAAGCUGUGGUUCAGAGCCCGUGUGUGCAGCCAACGGAAGCCAGAUGCUCACAGCCCCUUCGUCUCCUGUGAGACUUCAGAGCUUGAGAAGUCCUUUUAGAGCUAAAAGACAGAAGCCCCUAAGUUUUCCCUCCUCUCUUGCCUUGUGUCAAUUUUCAGACCAAAGACCUCGAAGACCCAGAGCUCUGACUCUUGCGUAGCGGAAGCGGUGGGAGGGAAGCAACCCCAACAAAUGAGCAAAAAAGUAUUUCUUGCCUCAGUGUGAGUCUGGGAGGAGGAGAGUUCUAGGAGGAGGCUUUUUGCUCUCUGCCCUGCCUCCCUUCUCCCUUUAGUGCCCUGGAGAACAGGACUUUCCCUAUGGAAAUCGUUUUGUAUUGCAACAUUUUGCAUUAAAAGGAAAAUCCGCUGCUC